UCCUUCUUUCUUCUUCUUCUUCUUCUUCUUCUUCUUCUUUGAAAUCCCACUGUUACCCACCGUUCAUUCUCUCCCUCCUUCGAGUCAAACCAGCAACAACUGAAUAGCAGCAAUCUGGCGGCAAAUCUCUUCCUCCGGCAAUUCUUCCAUCCAUUUCUUUCCCUCUCCAUUGCUUUCUCCUUAUUCUCCAUCAAUUUCUCCUUUGUUUUACCAGUUGUUCAUUGUACAUUCCAGCGAGAACAAGGGAGUUAUGUUGCAGAGGUGAAGCUCGCUUUCUAUCUGCACUCGAACCCGGCGAACUCGAACAGGGGAUUUGAGCCUCCAGUAACCAAUGGCCAUUCCCUUCCUAUUUUACCCUCUGUUCUCACCAUUGAACGACUAUUCGACUGUUCGACACUCUCCCCAACAAGGACAGAGCAGCGGCAGCAACAUUUGUCCAAGAAUUUCCUUCAGGCCAAAGCCAUACUGAAACCGAUUACAGCAGUGGCCGUUCUCAAGGCUGAAGCAGUCCCUGAUGAAAACAGAACAGCAAUAGUGGCAUUGUCAAUGAUACCGAACUGAGAUCUCCCCCGUCGCAUCAUUCUAACACUGGAUGACAUCCAAAUCCAAAUCUACAGUUUGAAGACUCAUUUGGUGCAAUGGCUGAUAGACCUCUUGUUGGAGAGACAUUGUCUGAUGGUUAUAGAAGGAAUACACUUAACUCCAAUUUACAUCAAGAUGCAUUUGAGGCUCGUCACUUGGUGCAAAUGGAAAAAGAACCAAACCACUAUGAUCCAGCCGGACAUUUAAUGACACUGCAGUUGCAAAAUCAACAGUUACGACAACAAAAUCUAUUGUCUCCUCAUCACCAUUUGCAUUUGAAUGGCUACAACACCACAGGCAGUUUCAGCUCCAACAGUAGAAUCAGUUGUAACAGCAGCAACUUCAUCAUCAGCAGCAAAUGCAGUUGCAGCAGCAGCAGUCACAAGUUCGGCAGUUGCUGCAUCACCAGAUGCAGGAUGCUGGCUUUGUGCAGUCACAUCUUGAUCCAGUUAGAGCUAAUAGCAUGCUUCAUCAGGUUCUUUUCAGGCAACACCUUCUACAUGAUUUGCAGCAAAAAUCUCUUCCUCCAGGACAUCCUGAUCCAUCUUUAGAGCAGCUUAUCCAAGCAAAAUUUGGUCAGAGCCUACAGAGGGAACAUCACAAUGAUCUGCUGGAGAGCCUAUCAUGAGCGAAGCAUGGACAGAUGCUUACUUUGGAACAGCAACUUCUUCGACAAGAAAGGGAAUCUAAAAUUCAGAAAAAACGGAG